AUGUCCCCGAAGCUGUCAGCGACGCGAGCCGUUGCUGAAGCACGAGGUAGUUUGCUUGUGCGGGCUUGGCACUACGAAACUUAUUUGGCUCUGCACCAAUCUGCUCCGGCGAGAUCUGGAACCGUGGCCAAACAACCGUCACCGGGUGACAGCAGCCCCUGGGGCAGCUUCCACAGCUGUCCCGAUCUGUCCUCGUUGCAGAUAUCCUUGCCCCAGACGCAGAGCGCUGUGAGCGUCGACGUAUCGGGCGGUGUCCACAAAGACUUCGUGACUGAGUCCCCUCCAUAUUCUUCGCCUGAUAACACCAGCCUGCAGAACGACAAAGGAAAGCUCAGAUCGACCCGGAGGCGAGUGUCGAACAAGGCACGCGGCGUCCUCGGCAAGGUUCGAGCUUUCCACAGGAUCGCUGCAGCUAAAAUGGCGCAAACCUCCAUUAGAAUCGAUACGAAUGUCCAGGCACACAAACGAGGGCUUCCUGACGACAAUGACGAGGAUUUCGACGCUUUCGAAGGGUCCGGAAUGGACGAGGAGAGACUUGGAUUGGAUGCUGGCCACGACGAGCUCUUACCUCCAUUUCUCUGUUUGACCUACCCAGCAAUCCGAGAUAAGUUCGAAGAACUAGAGUGGAUGCAGAAAACACGGAUGGACGAAGGAAACCUUGCAAACGACCCGUCUCAUCGCUGGGCACUGGAGAACGACCCUGAAGUGAGAGCGAGAAACCGAUACUUUAAUGUACAGGCGUGGGCAAAUUCUCGAAUUCAUCUUCGGGUGCCAGAAGGGGAAUGUGAUUUCAUCAAUGCUUCGCCUAUCACAUUGAGGGACUCGGCCAGUGGAAAGGAGCGAAAGUACAUCGCGACACAGGGGCCCAAGUUGAGCCAUCUCACUCAUUUCUGGCACAUGGUUUUCCACGAGAGUAAGGAGGUGGGGGUAAUCGUGAUGCUCACCCAAACCUUUGAAUUGGGUAGAGAAAAAUGCUCGCAAUACUUCCCUGUUGACGUGGAGCACCCGAUGCCCCUCUUGGCCGACGAGAAUGACUCCUUUACCCAUGGCGAGUCCCCCGGUGAAGAAAUUUUUGGGGAAGUGAAGCUAUUAGAAUCCACAUUCGAUGAGGCGUCGCGCUCUGAGAUUCGAAAACUUGAGCUGACCUUUGGCUCGGAGUCCAAGAUUAUCUGGCAUUUUCUUUUCGUUGGCUGGGCAGACUACUCAAAGCCCGAAGGGGAGGAUCGUGAAGCUCUUAUUGAAUUGAUCAAGCAGUCGGAUGUCAAAAGCACACCAGAAAACCCACGCAUUGUGCAUUGCAGUGCAGGUGUUGGGAGAACCGGCACAUUUAUCGCUCUUGACCAUCUGCUUCAAGAACUCGCAUCAGGAGAGUUGCUCAGUAUUCAAGACCCCGAAGAAGACCCUAUUUUCGAAGUUGUCAAUCAAAUGCGUGAGCAAAGAAUGAUGAUGGUAUACAACGAGAUGCAAUUCCAGUUCAUAUAUGAGAUAAUCCGGGAGAGAGCUGAGAUCAAGCUGGGUAAGCCUGUCAAGCCUACAAAGAUGGAUGAACGGUCGACAAAGAUGGCAAAGCUGUCAAACGAAGACGAUUACUUGCCUUCUCCCAAAUAUGAGCUGGAGCCUGUCUCCGCGGUGACACCUUUACGAAGCUUGUCCAGCACACCCGAAUCGUCUAGCACCGAAUGA